AACAGCCCUGUAAUUGCAAAACAAGGGCAGUAACAACGACUCUUAAGCCCUGGUGUUUAAGUUUUUUUUUUGUUAGCAUUGCUUAAUUACAAUUGUCAAUGUCGAUAGCUAGCAGGACGAACCUCACGAAACACACGCGACGACAUUGGAUAUAUCCCCGCCGGAGAUAGCCAGUGCAGCUUCCCAUUUAUUUUUUUUUUGUUUGUUUGUUUGUUUUCCCCUCUGGUUUUUGUUGUUGUUGUUGUUUUUGUUUUUGAGCGCAUUUAGCUAGUUGCUUUGUUGGUUUGUGAUGCCCGGGCACAGGGGCACGGCGGAGCAGGAGGAUGCCGAUGACAGCAGCUCCACGGAUUUAUCACUUGGCCAGGCAACAACUGGCGCCGGCAAGGCACGCCUGGACAGCCUACGCGAGAAUCUGUUCAAGCAGCAGGAACGUCUCACGGCGUUGCGUGAGCGGGCGCUGCGCAAGUCCGAGGAUGGCACGGCUGCACGCAAGUCCAGCCUAAGCGAUUCAAUGGAAUCCGUCAAGUCGCUGGGCCAGAAGCUGACCAUGCUGAAGGGCUCGCCCGGCCAGCAGCAGCAGCAGCUGCUGUCCGGCCUGGCGGCACAGGAUGCCUCCACGCCGCUGGCCACGCCCACCAAAUCUGGCGACCAACUGGAGUACAGCGGCAGCGAGAAGCUGCAAAUGCUUAAUCAGCGCACCGAACAGAAUCGUGCGCUGCUCGAGCAGCGCAAACGUGACAUGGCCAAGUCGCUGCAGUCCGUCAAGACUGGCCUCCGCCAGAGCACCAGCAGCGAGUUGGGCUCCUCGAUGAGUGAUCUGCGCGCCGCAGCAGCAGCGCCCGUGUCGCGGCAUCGUUCCGCGGCCGAUCUGCAGCAACAGCAGGCGGCACAGACGCCAGCGCAGCCGGCCAGCGAGGAGGGUCGCCUGAAGCUGCUCAAAAACAAGAUGAAGCUGAUCGAGAUGAAGCAGGGCCGCAAGGAGCAGGAGUUGCAGCAGGAGCUGCACGAACUGCGCCACGAACUUUCGCAGCGCGAACAGCAUAUACAACAGCUGGAGGCGAGCGAACGCCCUCUGGCCGAGCAGGAGAACGCGCGCCUACACGCCGAGAUCGAGCAGCUGCGCGCCCGCAACGCCGAGCUGGAGCACAGCAGCGAUAUGCUGGAGACGCUGCGUCUCGAGCUGCACAGCGCACGCGAGCAACUGCUCGAGCAGCAGCAACAUCAGCAGCAGCAGCAGGAGCAGAGUCAGGUCUCAAGUCAGGACUCAACCGAUGCGCAGGUCAACGUGGAGCUGGCCAAGCAGCUGCAGGAGCUGCAGCAACAAUUGCUGGAGCUGCGCAGCAGCAGUCACGAGGAGCAGGAGCAGGAGUCCAGUCAGGCAGGCAGCAGCGAAACACAGCGCCUGGCCGAGCUGGAGGCGACCAUCGAGGCGCAAAACGAGCAGCUGGCGGAGAAGACCACCGAGCUGAAUGUGCUCAAUGUGAAUCUGCGCGUGCUCGAGGAGCGGCUCGCGCAGAGCGUCAGGAGCAAGCCCCUGUUCCUGGACGAGGAGCCGGCCAGCGAGCACCUGCAGCAGCAGCAGCUCAAGCAGAAGCUGGACGAGUGCAACAAGAGCAACAUCAAGCUGAAGCUCAAGUGCAAGCAGGCCGAAAAGCAGCUGCAGCAGCUCCAGAGCCAGGAUGCGCAGCAGCAGCUGCUGCGCUUGACAGCUGAGAAUGAGCAGCUGCAGCAGCGCAUCACGGUGCUCGAGGAUGAGAAGGGCCAGUGGCAGCUGGCCCAUGUUGAAGAGGAACAGCUGGAGCCGGAGCAGCUGGCGAGCAAAGCCACGCCCACAGCUGGCCAAAGCGAGACUAUACGCCUGCUGGAGGAGCAGAAGGAGGAGCUGCAGCAGGCGCUGGCAGCGCUGCAAAUGGGCAGCGCCGCGGCACGCGUCGAGUCCGAGCUGAGCGAGGUGCAGCUAGAGGAGCAGCUGUCGCAGCGCGUGCAACAGCUGGAGGCGGAGGCGAACGAGCAGCGCCAACAGCUGCAGACGCUGCAGUCCGAGAAGGAGGCGCUGGACAAGAAGCUCAGCCAUUACAUCAACGAGAACAUGGAGCUGCUGGACAAGCUGGAGAAGCUUAGCUCCUCCAGUUCCGCGGAGUCCAUUGAGAUUGUUGAACGACCCACAGACAGACGCUUCAGCCAGCGUCCGGCUGAUUCGGCUGCCGUUGCAGAUGUAGCCGGAGCUGGAGCUGGAACUGAAGCUGAAGCUGGACAACAGCCAGCCGCUGCGCCCGCCCGGCUGCCCAGCUUUGUGAGCGAGCUGACCCAAACGGAUCUGGUGGCAGCGCCCGAACUGGAGGUCAACGAGAGUCUUGCCCAGCUGCGCAACGAGAGCGACGAGCUGCUCCAGAAGAUUGAGCUCUUCACCAGCGAGCGGCGCGAGGUGCUUGCCAAAAUGGAGCAGCUGCAGGCGCAGAAUGUCCAGCUCCAAGCCCAGCUUCAGGCGUCGCAGGAGCAGCAGCAGGCGUCGGAGGAGCAGCAGCAAGCGGCCCAGGAGCAGCUGCAGGUGGCCCAGGAGCAGCUGCAGUCGGAUCGUGCCCAAAUGAAGGCGGCACAGGAGCAGCUGCAGGCGGAGAAUGGCUCGCUACAGGCACAGCUGGAGGAACUGCAGCGGGAUAAGCAACAGCUCGCGCUGCAGCUCAGCGAGAAAUCGAAUCUCUCGCAGGAGCUGAGCUCCAUGCAGCGCUCCUCGGAGGUGGUAGCCGCCCUCGACUGCGGCGCAGAUGGCGCCGCGCUCUUUGACAAAUGCGAACGUUCCCUGUCGAAGCUCAGCUCCGAGCUGGAGGCCUAUCGCAAAGCCAACGAUCGCAAUGCCAAGCUGAACGUGUCCAAGAAACUGGCCAAGGAGGCCAAGAAUGUGCACAGCCAGCUCUCGGAGCUGCUGCACAAGGUGAAGGAGGCCAGCACCGCGGUGGAGACGGUCACCGUCGUCGAGACCGUUGUCGCCGUCACCGCGCCCAAUGGCAAAGCUCUAGCGGAAUACGAACAGCUGAACGCACAGAAUGCCGAGCUAAAGGCCACGCUGGCGGCGCUGCAGGCGGAGCUGGCCGAGCUGCGCGACAGCUGCGAGCCGACGGAGCUGUCCAAGCGGGCGAUUGGCCACAAGCUCGAGGAGGACUGGGUGUGGGAGCAGGAGAAGGAACAGGAAAAGGAACAGGAGAGAGAACAGGAGAGGGAGCGGGAGAGGGAGCAGGAGAAGGAAAAGGAAAGGGAGCGAGAGCUGGAACGGGAAUCCCUCAUGGCAGAGCAGGAACAGCAACUAGCCCAGCUGCAUGCGAUCAUCGCAGAGCUGCGCGCCGGCGAGACGGAGCACCUGCAACUGAUAGCCAGCCAGAGCGCAGAGCUGGUGCAGCUGCAGCUGCAGGCGGAGCAGUUCGAUCAGUCGCUAAACAAAAGCGAAAUGGCAUACGAGAAGCACAUGGAGCAGCAGCAGCGGCUGCGCCGCGAGCUACAGUCGCGCAUCGAGACGCUGGAGGGCGAGCAGAGCAUAUUGCAGGCCCUGGUUGCCGAGCAGAAGCAGCAGCUGAUCGAGAGCUACAGCGAGAGCGAAUACCAGACGAACCUGAAGCUGCUGGAGCUGCAGCAGUGCCAGCAGGAGCUGGAGCAGAGCGAGCAGCGCAACAAGGAGCUGCGCGAGAAACUAAAGAAAUACGCAUUAAAUCUGAAGAAGCGGCAGGUGGAGCACACGGAGCUGCAGGAGCAGCUGCACAGGGAGCAGGCAACCACAACGGAGCUGCGCGAGCAAGUGCAGCGUCAGCAGGCUGAGCUGGAGCAGGCGCAGCAACUGGCCGAGCAGGCGCAGCAACAGAUGCAACAGGCCCAGCUGGACAGCAAGGAGCUGCAGCAGCAGCUGCUCAAGCAACAGCCCAAGCUGGCCAAGCUCAAGGAGGAGGUGGAGCGGCUCCAGGUCGAGCUGCAGAAUACGGUGCACGCUAACACGGCGCUGCGCCAGGAGAGCUACCAGCUGGAGCUCUCGCUCGCCGAGCGGACUAGCAACGAGGAGCUGCGCCGCCAGCUGGAGCAGAAAUCGGUUAAGUUCGACAAGUCCAAGGAGGUUAUCAAGCAGCGCAACGCCACCAUCCAGAGCCUGCAACGGGAACUGGCCGAACUGCGCGCCCAGCUGCAGGCCCAGCCCGAGGAGGCGGAGGCGGAGACGGAGACAGAGGCGGAGACGGAGGCGAAGCUGGAGCAGCAGGCACAGCAGCAGGCGCAGGAGGAUUCUAUGCUCCUGCUCCAACAGCAGGUGCAGCAGCUGCAGGCGCAGAACGCUCAGCUCAAUGAGGACAAGCUCAACUUUGAGCUGGCCUACGGCCGGCUAGAGACGCUGCACGCGGGCAUUGAGCUCAAGCUGCAGCAGGAUCAAUCCUACAUUGAGACGCUGGAGGCGCAGAGUGCGGAACUACAGAGCAAGUGCGCGGCACUGGAGGAUCAGGCUGCAGUGCUGCAGGCGCACGAGCUCAGCGCCAAGGAGCAGCUGCAGCAGCUCGAGCAGCAGCUGCAGCAGGUGGAGGCAGAGCGGGCGGAACACGAGGCCGAUCUGAACGCACGCCUGCAGCAGCUGACGAUGCACGAGCAAAGCCAAAGCCAGCAGCUGCAGUUGCUCGGUAGCGAGGCGCAGGAGGGGCGCGAGCAAAUGCAGGCGCUCCAGGCUGCGCACGAUGCGCUGCUGGCGCGGCACAAGCAACAGACGCAGCAGUUGCAACAGCUCGAGACGGAGCGCAAGCAGCUGGCCAGCAGCGGGGAACAGGAGCUGCAGGAGCUACGCACGCAGCUGGAGACACGCAACCAGGAGCUGCAGCGCCAGCGCCAGGUCUACGAUGCCAAGCUGGCGGCCAAGGCCAGCGAACUGGACGAGCUCGAGUGCGAUCUGAGCGACCACAUGGAGCGCGCCAAUGCGCAGACGCGUGAGCUCACCCAGCAACUGGAGCGUGCCCAGGAGCAGCUGCAGCAGCGCGACGAGCAGCUGGCCCAGCUCAACAUGGAACUCAGCGAACUGGAGCGUGAGCGGCUGCUCGAGCAGCAGGUGCAACAGCUGCGCAUGCAGUCCAACCAGGAGCUGCGGGCGCUCCAGCAACAGAUCGCCGAGCUGGGCACGCACAAUCAGACCGACGACCAGGUGCACAUCGAGACGGAGACCAAUCGCCUAGUCGAGAAGCUGGCCGAGCUCAACGAGCAAACCGAGCAGCUCACACGCCACCAGGCAUCUCCAGCUCCAGUUCCGGCUGCAGCUGUAGCUGACGAUUGGCUGGCCUGGUCACAACCGGAUUCUGUUCCAGUUCCUGCUCCUGGACCUGGCCCAAUGGCGCACACGGAGCAGAAUGUGCCAUUGCCCGCGCCUGCCAUGUUCUUUGGCGGCGAUGCAGCGGCGGCGCCCUCGCCCUUCGACGAGAUUGUUGCCCAACCGGUGAGGAUGAGCACACAGAAUGUGGGCGUGGCACAGCAUGAGUCGAGCGAAGCGAGCAUCGAGCAACUGCAGCGCAAAGUGUGCGACCUGGAGAAGCAUGCCAAGGAGCUGGAGUCGCAGCUGUUGGCGCACAACCAGGCGCUGGCCGAGCACGAGGAGCGACGCGUCCAACUGGAACGCGCGCUGGCCGAACGCGAACAGGAGCUGGCCCAGCUGCACACCGCGGCGGAGGAGCGCGAACGCCUGGCGGCCAUCGAGCAGCUAAUACAGCCAACGGCUGACGCGGCUGUGGCGCCCACUCUGGACAUGUUCUUUGGCGGCGAGACGGUGCCGGAUGCAGCCGUUGCCAGCUUCCAGCAGGAGCUGGGUCUGCCGCAGAGCGAGCCCGUCGUCGAGCCGCUGAUAACGCCAAAGAAGGCGUAUCUCUGUCAGCCAGAGCAGGAGGAGCCGGACCAGCAGCCGGCCAGCGACUGGGCUGUGGACGUGGACGAGGAUCCGUGGGCCAAUGCGGGAGCCGAGCAGCAGCUGACAGAUGCCACCGCAGCGCUGCACGCGCGCAUCGAGCAGCUGGAGGCGCAGAAGGCGAAGCUGCAGACGAAGACCGCGAAGCUGAUGAAGUGCGUUAAGGAGUAUCGCAGCAAGGAGCAGCAGGAGCAGGCGCGCAAGGACAACAACAACGAUCUGGACGGCGCCAUCAUCGACGAGCUAAAGCUGCAGCUGCAGCUACAGGAGACGCGUCAGGCCAAGACCGAGGAGCUGCUCCAGCAGCAAACGCUCGAAAAGGAGAAGCUAACGAAGCGCAUCGAUGUGCUCACCGCCGGCAACGAACGCAUGGCCGAGCUAAAGGAGCGCCAGGACCGCGAGGUGCAAAUGUAUCAGACGCGCAUACGUGAGCUCCAGCAGAAGCUGCAGCAGCUCGAGAGCUGGGAUGAGGUGGCAGCCACGCCCACUGCGCCGGCCAGCGGCGAGGAUGCGGCAGCGGCGGCAGCAGCGCGUGCGACCAUUGAGAAUCUGCAGGCCGAGAAUCAGGAGCUGAACAGCGAGUGCCAGGAGCUGUUGGCACAGCUGCAGCAGGAGAAGCAGCGGGCGCAGCGCGAACGGGAGCAGCUGCAGGCGCAGCUGGAGGCACAUGAUCAGCAGGCGGAGCAGGUGAAGCAGCAGGCGGAGCUUGAGAAGCAGCUGGCGGAGCAAGUGAAGCAGCAGGCGGAGCAGCAAGUAGAGCAGAAGGUAGAGCAGGUGAAGCAACAGGCGGAGCAAGAGAAGCACCAAGUGGAGCUCGAGAAGCAGCAAGCGGAGCAGGAGAGACAACAGGCGGAGCUCGAGAAGCAGCAGGCGGAGCAGGAGUGCCAGCAGCUGCAGCUGCAGCUGGCCGAGCUCAGAGCCAAACAGCUGGAGCUGCCGGCGAUGGUGACGGCGCCGCCAGCGACUGCACCCAGUGAUGAGAGCCGGGCUCUGCUGCAGGAAAAGGAAUCAGAAAUUGUGCAUCUCAAGCGGCGCAUCGAGGAGCUGAUGCGCGAGGAUCAGACCGAAAAGCUGGUGCUAGAGAUCCUAACCAAGAACCAGGAGCUGCAGCUGCUGCGCAUGCAGGUCAAGCAGCUGGAGGAGGACAAGCUGGAGCAGCAGCAGCAGCAGCAGCAGGCCAAUCAGGCAGCUGUGCCCGUGGAGGAGCUGGAACAGCUGCGUCGGCAAUGCGAGCAGCAGCAGCAGGAGAAGUCCGACAUGGAGGAGGAGCUGCGCGUGCUCAACAAUCAUGUGCUCAACAGCCUGGAGCUGGAGGACAAAAUGAAGCAGGCCGUGCUCGAGCUGGACACCAAAACGAUUGAGAUAACCGAGCUCCGCAAAACCCUGGAGCAGCUCCAGCAAAAGGAGGUGCAACAGCUGCAGCCCCAGCCUGAUAUCGGCGCACUGAACAAGCAGUGGGAGGCGCUGGUGGAGCAAAAGUGCAGCGAAGUGGCCAGCAUUUGGCAGAAGCAUCUGGCGCAACGCGAGGCCGACUACGAGGCGAAGAUCGAACAGCUGAAGGCGGCAACAGCAUUCCCGCCAGAAACAACGGAGCAAAAGGCACCAGCACCAGCACCACCAGUGGACGCCAGCACGACGGAAGUCAGCGAGCUGGUGCUGAAGAUGCAGCGGGCGCUCGAGACGCAGGAAAUGGAGAUCGUGACAUUGAAGGAGCAGCUGGCGAUACGUUCCGCUGAAUAUGCACGUCUCGCCUCACAGUACGAUCCCUUUCGGCUGCAGAAUACGCUCGGCGGCAAUUCGAGCGGACCGACGGCCAGCGGCUCGGAUGCGCUCGGACCACCGGGAGAGUAUGUGCCCAAAUCGGAUCUGGACUAUGCGCUCAUGAUGCUGCAUCAGCGCGAUAUGCGCGUCGAGGAGAUGAUCGUUGAGCUGGUGCAGCUGCUCGAGGAGCGCGAUCAUCUGCAGCUCAAGCUCUCGGACACGCUGCGUCAACUGGAGGCCGAGCGCACUGGCGCACCCUUCUCCAACUCGCCCACAGCGACGACGACAACGACGACAACAACGGCCCUGGUCAGCCCCAACCAGCUGAGCGUCAGCAGCAGCAGCAGCGGCGCCGAUCUCGCCGUGUCCUCAGUUGCCAGCGGCAGCGAUCUGAAGCAGAAAUUGGCCGAGCUGCAAACGGUGAAGCAUUCCAAGGACAAGGCAAUUGUGGACGAGCGCGAGCAGCGUCUGCAGCAGAUGGUUCAGCUGCAGCGGGACAUGGCGAAGGCGACGCCAACAACGGCAGCAGCUGGCACGGCUCCAGCUCUGUCCACUCCUACUCCUGCUGCACAGCUCGAUGUGGAUGCAACUCAACCUGCGCUGCGCUCCCCUUCCAUGCUGCUUAUGGACUGGAUAUUGGGCAACAACAAGAGCGAGGACGAGGCGAUGCCCAGCCCGUCCCAGCCGCUGCCCACCCAGCCGCAGCCGUCGCAUCCUCCGGCGAGCAACUAGCAGCUCGCCAAGCGUCGCCAGCGUUGCGCCCAGUUGACUGCCGCGAAAUAAUUAUCGAUUUAAACAACUAGCAUUAGAGUUCUAUAUUGUGUACCUUGGCUGAAUGUAAACAAAGAAAGGCAGAAAAGAAAAACAGAAAAAGAAAAACAACAACAAAAUAUGAUAAACUAUUCCCGAAUUGAGGCUCGCCACGCCCACGUUUUAUGUUGUAGAUAUGUAAAAAUUGUAAAAAAAAAAAAAAAAAA